AUGAUACUCAGAGUAGAUAUUAAUAUCUAUCUUCCUUUCUUUCAAGAAAGUUUAUACUAUUUAUCUAUCUAUCUAGCUCAGUCUGUUCAUUAUCUCUUUCAGUCUGUUUAUUAUCUAUCUAUCUAUCUAUCUAUCUAUCUAUCUAUCUAUCUAUCUCAGUCUCUUGAUUAUCCAUCUAAGUCUGUUGCUAUCUAUAUAUCUUUAUUCAGUUUAUACUAUCUAUCUCAUUCUUUUAUACUAUCUAUCUAUCUAUCUAUCUAUCUAUCUAUCUAUCUAUCUAUCUAUCUAAGUCUGCAAACUGGGUACCGAAAACAGUUUAGCUAUUAUUCCAAAACUCGUUACGGAAUUGCGAGUGCUGAUAUUACCGUACGGAUAAUCUAUCUAUCUAUCUAUCUAUCUAUCUAUCUAUAUCUAUCUAUCUACCUAUCUAAUCUGUUAAUAUCUAUCUAUCUAUCUAUCUCAUCGGUUCAUAUCUAUCUAUAUCAUUCCGUUCAUCCCUAUCUAUCUAUCUAUCUAUCUAUCUAUCUAUCUAUCUAUCUAUCUAUCUAUCUAUCACAUAUCAAGGCCGCGCCAUUAAUCUUUGGUUUCUCUCUUUUUAUUCUCUUCUGA